AACUUGAAGGCUUCCGUAAGCACGGGAGCAGGUGUGACCUUCACCUUCAAUGUAAGUACCUUUUAAUCAGCUCUUUUUUAAUGGAAAUGUAUGAAUAUCUCUACAUCACGUUGCUGUUUGUGGGGCUCUUACCUCUAAAUUCAAGAAACACGCAGUAGUAACACAACUAUGGGGGAGGGGGGCAAAUAACCCUAUUUUUCAACUUACGUCUCUUGCGUAACUCUCCGAUUAAGUGGUGAUGAUUCAAAAUUCAAUUCAGGUAUAUGUGAAAAAGUUUCAAAAAGCAUUCUUACAUUUGAAGUUUAUACAAAAUUAUCAAAUAUUUUUUGGGGGGAGGGGAAUUUUGAGCUACCUCCCCAGACCCCAUUACCCGCCCCCCUCCAACUUUCCUUCGGGAAAUAAGCCAUUUGAGUUAUGCAGAGUAGUGCAGACUCAUAACACGCAUAACGUUACCUCCUCCACAAUGUUAUUUUGUUACAAUAGCGGUGCUCUAAAUUUCAACAAGAUUCCACUAUAAUAGUUUAAGUAAAAACCAAACAAUCGCAGCGUCUUUCUUAAACAGCAGGUGUUCUUAAUGCAUAGUCCUCUGAAACUUUGCGUGCCCUAAACAUGUGUCAAAGGAUCCGUAGACUGCGUCUGCUUUGUUUUAUAUCAAUUUAAAAAAAAAUUUUUUUAUCAAGAUAAAGGCCGGUGGCUUUUAGAUGACACCAAAAAGUUAUACAGCACAAUAAGCUCAAGAGCCCCUGGUGUGGGUGAUACAAUAUAAACAUAUUUUUUUGGCGAAACCUUUCAGCGAAUAGUUAGUUAAUUACCCUCAAAGUAUAUUUUCUAUUGUUACGUUUUCAUUUUCUUUUUUUACGCACCCAGAUCUCGCAUGCCCUCAACAGCACAUUGCUCAUGAAUGUCUUUGAACCUACCAACGUGACGGCAAAAAACGCGGUCCUGUGUUUCAUACCUCCUUACCUGGGCAUUUACACCAUAGUCGUGGAAGCAUCUGCCAGUUGCGGCCAGGUCCUGACCAAAACGUUCUUCCAGUCGGCGUACGCACCGAAUCCACCGAUAGACGUCAGCAUAGUGGGCGGGUCUCUGCGGCAGGCGAAGCUCGGCAGCGUCGUCAGUUUGGAUGCCCAGUUGAGUUUAUACAACGGCGAUACGGUCACUCCGGCGAACACGAACUUCAGCUUUUCUUGGGCGUGUUACCUUCUCUUGCCGGGCUCCGACGGUGUCAGGUACACCCAGCCCCACAACAACGACACCAGCUACAGAACCCUGCAAACUUGUAACUUAACGAUCCCGGCGACUGGCGUCGUCAGCAUCAGCACUUCCGGCUUCGCUGUCAAUGCCUUCGCGCUGUUCGAGGUCACUGUUCGGAACAAGGCUCAAGUGGGCACCGCUGCGCAAGUUGUCUCCAUCCUGUCUACUCAACCCCCUUUGGUAGCUAUAGAGUAA